AUGUCAGAUCUCAGAAUUGUGAUGGUGGGGAAAACUGGAGCUGGAAAGAACGCAACAGGAAACACCAUCCUGGGACAAAAAGCUUUUAAAGAAGAAUUUUGUUCUGAAUCUGUGACUGGAAAAUGCCAACAGUAUCAGCGGAGGCUAGAAGGUAGAAUUAUCUCAGUGAUUGACACUCCAGGGGUGUGUGACACAUCAAUGCGUGAACAAGACCUGAAGGAUGAAGUAGUGAGAUGUGUAGAAAUGUCUCUUCCUGGUCCUCAUGUGUUUCUACUGGUCAUCAGACUGGAUGUGAGAUUCACAGUUGAGGAGAAGAACACAGUAAAAUGGAUUCAGGAGAACUUUGGAGAAGAUGCUUUACAUUACACCAUCAUUCUUUUUACUAGAGGGGAUCAGUUGAAAACAUCUAUAGAGGAGUUUCUGACAACAAACAAGCAGAUGAAUGAGCUAAUCAAACAGUGUAAAGCUGGUUAUCAGGUUUUUGAUAACACAAAUGAAAAUCAAGCACAGGUUAGUAAGCUGUUAUGGAAGAUAGACACAAUGGUGAAGGACAACAGACGAGAGCAUUACACAAAUCAGAUGUACCAGGAAGCUCAAAGGAAAAUCUGGGAAGAAGAAGAGAGGCAGAGAGAGGAGGACAAGAGAUUAAGGCAAGAAGAGGAGAUAAAGAUAAGGAAGGAUGAACAAAAGAGACUUGUCAAGACUGCUAAAAUGGGAGCCUUGGUGGGAGCAGGUGUAGGAGGAGUGAUUGGAGGUGUAGCACUGGCAGCGGGAACUGGAUUGGCACUACCUGCAGCUUUAAUCACAGGAG